AUGUUUUUUUAUUCGUCACAUCCGCGAGCCCUAUCGCUCCGCCAACAACAACAAGCCCUACAAGUGGAGAGUCGCUUGUCGAGUCAGAUCGCUGAGCUGUUGACACGUUUCGCUGCGCAAACCACUGCGGCACGAACCGAUGACGACGAUGUGGCGGCUGCGGCUGCGGCUGCUCUUCCAGACCUUGCAGCAACCACUGCUGGCUUAAGUGUGGAAAUUCCGGCGAUCACCUCGCCAACCUCACCGCACAUAUUCUCAUCGAACAUCAUCGACACGUCUAGACGCGCCAGUCGCACUAGUAAAGUCUUUCUGAGACGUCCAACAAUCUCCAUCCAAGACGACGGUCGUAUUGUUAUAGGUGCUGCUUUAAGGCGUUUAGUGAAUUUGAAAGAAUCAAGCGUUUGUGAGUGCUGCGAUGAUACGGAGGGAGCACCUGGUAAAUCGGCAGUUGAGGCUGCUGCAGCGGCCAUUAGCGGCAUCUCUCCAAGUCUAUACGAUUCAACAUCGGUGUUUUUCGCCGGCAAAACUAGCACGGAUCACGUAACAGCAAGAUGGGACGGUGUGCCUUUAACUUCACAGUCGGCACUAUUGGAUGCAGACGAUGGUGCUACGAUUAUAACGGACACAAUGAAAGAAGAUCAAGAGGCAAAAGUGCCAAAAAAUUGUCCGCAGCAAACAAUCAAGUAUGUGAAGAUUUUAACCCCUCACGUCAUCCUGGUGGCCGUUUUGAUUGGCUAUCUAUGCUUAGGCGCUUGGAUCUUGAUGUUGCUUGAGACGAGGACCGAGUUAAUGGCACGCUCAAGGAAAUUGGUACGCCUCACCAAUAUGAUGACCAAUUUUAGUGCUGACAGUUGGCGAAUACUGAACGACGCGCAAACGGGUGUGCGUGCUGUGAGUCGUGCUGAGUGGACGAAUAAAUUCAGGGAAUAUAUGGUGUCAGUGGCCGAGACGGUUGAUGAUCGAAGGCCGAUCCGUAAAGAACUGAACAGGCCGGAUGACCUCGAGAAUAUGCAUAAUAAAUGGACAUUUCCUACUGCCUUGCUCUAUGUGCUCACUGUUCUUACUACAUGUGGUUACGGAGAGGUGUCUGUGGACACUGAUCUCGGCAAAGUGUUUGCGGUUGCGUUCGCGUUGGUCGGUAUUCCGUUGAUGUUCAUCACAGCUGCCGAUAUUGGCAAAUUCCUCUCUGAAACACUGCUCAGAUUUGUUUCGAACUGGAACCGUAUGGUUCGCAAGAUUAAGCAAGUUUGCUGUCGACGUCGUUACGCGAGACGAAAGUCAAUGCAGUCGUCGAAUGGACAAUCCGAAACAAUGGAAAUGCUCGGUAUCGAUGGUACCGACGAAAAAUUGUGGUUCCCUAUUGGUGCGUACGUGUCGUGUAUUUGCUUGUAUUGCUCGAUGGGCUCAGCGAUGUUCAUCAACUGGGAACGUUCGUGGUCAUUCAUACACGCCUUUCAUUUCGGUUUUAACCUCAUUGUUACGGUUGGAUUGGGCGAUAUUGUCGUGAAGGACUAUAUUUUCUUGUCACUUAUUGUUGCGUUCGUUAUCGUUGGUUUGUCUGUGGUGACGAUGUGUGUUGAUCUGGCAUCCACUCACCUCAAGGCCUAUUUCACUCGAAUACACUACUUCGGUCGUGCGAAACGUUUUCUUGGUAUGAGUGAGGAACUGAAGGAAAUUGUUGCGCUUUUGGGUGCUAUGCGAAGGAAGAAGGGUGGUAAAGUGAGUCAAGAAAUUGUUGCGCUUUUGGGUGCUAUGCGAAGGAAGAAGGGUGGUAAAGUGACGUGGAACGAUGUGCGUGAAUUUUUGGAUAAUGAGUUACGCGAUCGACCGUUUGAACCGCACGAAUUGCUGAUGAAGCUGCGAUUCAUCGAUGAGACGUCAUCGGGCAUGUCCACCAUACGGCAUAACUCAUUCCAGUCGGAUUUCUUCCGUGACUCGGAGUAUCUGCGACGCAUCACGGCGUUACGGCCUGAGCAACCCGCCUAUCUCUAGCAGCCUCCACCUAGCGGAUGCAUGGCUGCACCUUAAACAUUACUUACUAUUAUCAUUAUUGUUACUAUUAGUAUCAUUAUUAUAUUAUUAUUGUUAUUAUUAUUAAUGUUAUUAUUAUGAUUAUCACCAUUAUGAUGGUUCUCAGCAAUUCAAUGGUAGCUAACUCUGAAUGAUCUUGUAUCUUUAUUGUUGUUAACAUGA